CCGCCGCCGCCGCCGCGGGCCCCGUGAGGAGGAGCCGCCGCCGGGAGCGCGGUCCCGGCACCCCCGCGCCGCCAUGGGCAACCGGGGCAUGGAGGAGCUCAUCCCCCUGGUCAACAAACUGCAAGACGCCUUCAGCUCCAUCGGGCAGAGCUGCCACCUCGACCUGCCGCAGAUCGCCGUGGUGGGCGGGCAGAGCGCCGGCAAGAGCUCGGUGCUCGAGAACUUCGUGGGCCGGGAUUUCCUUCCCCGUGGCUCUGGGAUUGUCACUCGCCGGCCUCUCAUCCUGCAGCUCAUCUUCUCCAAGACGGAAUAUGCUGAGUUCCUGCACUGCAAAUCCAAGAAGUUCACGGAUUUCGACGAGGUGCGGCAGGAGAUCGAGGCAGAGACCGACCGGGUCACGGGCACCAACAAGGGCAUCUCCCCCGUGCCCAUCAACCUGAGGGUCUACUCCCCCCAUGUGCUGAACCUGACCCUGAUCGACCUUCCGGGCAUCACCAAGGUUCCAGUGGGGGAUCAGCCCCAGGAUAUCGAGUUCCAGAUCCGGGACAUGAUCCUGCAGUUCAUCAGCAGGGAGAGCAGCCUCAUCCUGGCCGUCACCCCGGCCAACAUGGACCUGGCCAACUCGGACGCGCUCAAGAUGGCCAAGGAAGUGGAUCCACAGGGCCUGCGGACCAUCGGGGUCAUCACCAAGCUGGACCUGAUGGACGAAGGCACCGACGCCCGGGACGUGCUGGAGAACAAACUGCUGCCCCUGCGGAGAGGGUACAUUGGGGUGGUGAACAGGAGCCAGAAGGACAUUGAUGGCAAGAAGGACAUCCGUGCUGCGCUGGCAGCCGAGCGCAAAUUCUUCCUGUCCCACCCAGCCUACCGACACAUGGCCGAGCGCAUGGGCACCCCUCACCUGCAGAGGGUCCUCAACCAGCAACUCACCAACCACAUCCGGGAGACGCUGCCCUCGCUGCGGAGCAAGCUGCAGAGCCAGCUGCUGUCCCUGGAGAAGGAGGUGGAGGAGUACAAGAACUUCCGUCCCGACGAUCCUGCCAGGAAAACCAAAGCCUUGCUGCAGAUGGUGCAGCAGUUUGGGGUGGACUUUGAGAAGCGGAUCGAGGGUUCAGGAGACCAGGUGGACACUCUGGAGCUCUCUGGGGGUGCCAGGAUCAACCGGAUUUUCCACGAGAGAUUCCCCUUCGAGCUCGUGAAGAUGGAAUUCGAUGAGAAGGACUUGAGGAGGGAGAUCAGCUACGCCAUCAAGAACAUCCAUGGGGUGAGGACGGGGCUGUUCACACCAGACCUGGCCUUCGAGGCCAUUGUCAAGAAGCAGGUGGUGAAGCUGAAGGAGCCUUGCCUGAAAUGUGUGGAUUUGGUGAUCCAGGAGCUCAUCAACACCGUACGCCAGUGCACCAGUAAGCUCGGUUCCUACCCCAGGUUGCGGGAGGAGACGGAGAGGAUCGUGACCACCCACAUCCGGGAGAGGGAGGGCAAAACCAAGGACCAGAUCCUGCUGCUCAUUGACAUCGAGCUCUCCUACAUCAACACCAACCACGAGGAUUUCAUCGGGUUUGCCAACGCCCAGCAGCGGAACACGCAGAUCAACAAGAAGAGAGCGAUCCCAAACCAGGGGGAGAUCCUGGUGAUCCGCAGGGGCUGGCUCACCAUCAACAACAUCAGCAUCAUGAAGGGUGGCUCCAAGGAAUACUGGUUCGUGCUCACGGCUGAGUCACUCUCCUGGUACAAGGAUGAGGAGGAGAAGGAGAAGAAGUACAUGUUGCCUUUGGACAACCUGAAAAUCAGGGAUGUGGAGAAGGGGUUCAUGUCCAACAAACACGUCUUUGCCAUCUUCAACACGGAGCAGAGGAAUGUGUACAAGGAUCUCCGUCAGAUCGAGCUGGCCUGUGACUCCCAGGAGGACGUGGACAGCUGGAAAGCCUCGUUCCUCCGGGCUGGAGUUUAUCCUGAGAAAGACCAGACGGAGAGCGAGGAUGGGGCUCAGGAAAACACCUUUUCCAUGGACCCACAGCUGGAGAGGCAGGUGGAGACCAUCCGGAACCUCGUGGAUUCCUACGUGGGGAUCAUCAACAAAUCCAUCCGGGACCUCAUGCCAAAGACCAUCAUGCACCUCAUGAUCAACAAUACCAAGGAUUUCAUCCACUCGGAGCUGCUGGCGUUCCUGUACUCGUGCUCAGACCAGAGCAGUCUGAUGGAGGAGUCGGCGGAGCAGGCGCAGCGCAGGGACGAGAUGCUGCGCAUGUACCACGCGCUCAAGGAGGCGCUGGCCAUCAUCGGGGACAUCAGCACCAGCACUGUCACCACCCCCGUGCCCCCGCCCGUGGAUGACACCUGGCUGCAGCCCGGACCCACGCACAGCCCUCCCCCCCAGCGCCGGCCGCCCUCGGCCCUGCUCCCCCCGGGCCGUCCCCCCUCGCUCCGGGCCCCGGCCCCGGGGCCGCCGCCGCUGCUGCCGCUGCCCGGGGGGGGCCCCCCCGCCUUCACCGCGCCCCCGAUCCCCUCCCGCCUCGGCCCCUUCGCCACCGCCAGCGACCCCUUCACGGCCCCGCCCCAAAUCCCCGCCCGGCCCGCACGGAUCCCGCCCGGAAUCCCGCCGGGAGUGCCCAGGAGACCCCCGGCAGCCCCGAGCCGCCCGACCAUCAUCCGUCCGGCCGAGCCCUCCCUGCUGGAUUAACCCCGGGAUCUGUGGGAUCCAACCCCACCCUGGGGAUCAAAAAAAUAAAACCAACCCCGAGCCCGGCCACGGGAUCCAGCCCCACCCUGGGGGGAAAAAACCGACCCCGAUCCCGGCCAGAGCUCCCAGGGCUGAUCCCGAUCCCGAUCCCGGCCGGUGGCAGCUCCAGGGCUGGUCCCAGCAGCUGAUCCUGGCAGCUCCCGGUGCCCUCCCAGCCCCUCCCGGCCGGGAUUUUUUUGGGGUGGGGGUGGUGGGGGUGGGGAACAUUGCACUUUGUCAGAAUUCCCGGAUCCUCGCUUCUCAGACUUCCUCUUCCUCCUCCUGCCCUUCCCAGAAGUUUUGUAUAAAUAUAUUCCCUAAAAAAACACGGGAUCUGGGGAUUCUUCCCCAAAACUCGCCCGCGGUUCCUCCCCCAGCCUAUCCCAGUUUUUUUUUUUUUGUUUGUUUGUUUUUGAGAUUUUUGGGGUUUUUAGAGCUGGGGAAAAUCCUGGAAUUUCCAGAGGGAUUCACUAGUGAACCAAUUUCCCGGUCGCUCCCUGAGAACCUCAGGAAUUUCCUCUUGGGAAUAACCCCGAGGAGGAGGAGGAGGAGGAGGAAGCUGCGACCCCCCCGGGGCAGGGGGAGGGGGAUUUUGCUCUGGAAGCGUCUCCCCCUUUCCUCACCCCCCCUCCCCUUCCCAAUCCCACUCCGCCGGCUCCGGCCGGGAGCCGAGGUUGUAAAUAUUUUUACAGACUUGUAUUAAUUGUAUAAAAAAGGAAAAAAAAAAAAAAAAAAAAAAAAAACAGGGAAAACAAAAACCCACCAAAAAAAAAAAAGAAAAAAAAAACAAAAAACAACAAAACGGCCCAGCAAUAAUGUGGAUUUUACCAACUCCUCCCCCCCCCGGCCCCGGUGCCUUAACGACCCCCCGGCUCGGGGGGGGCAAUUAAUCCAUUAACGAGCCGGGGGCGGUUUUGGGGGGGCGGCUCCGGCCCCCCCCGGGGGUCCCCCCGAAGUGCCUCCGCUCCGCGUCCCAUUAAUGAACUAAAAACCGGCAAAAAAAUCCGAAUAAAGGGAAAAAAAAAAAAAAAAAAAAAA